AUGGAGUCCUACAGAGUGACAGGCAUUCCUACUAGUGGACCACAGCGGGCAUACACCCAAACAUCUCGCCCUUCCAGGCCCCACAGCAUUGGAGGAGGUACAUACGGCCUGAGCAUCCGAGUUCAGGGUAUAGAUGGACACCCCUAUGUAGUUCUGAACAACCAGGACAAAGGUCCACAGUCCUUUAUUGACCCAAAUAGUAAUGGCUACAUUGAAACAGAAAGCUCUUUUAUUGAUAACUAUCAUGAGUAUGAUUUCCGGGGAGACAAGGAAGGUGCACCCAAGAGCCCCUUUGGUGAGUAUCGGUCUCAGAAGAUGAUGCAAUAUGCUGCCUCUCAGAAUGACUCUACAGAUUCAAAAGAAAAGAAAGCGCAAACCCUUUUAAAUUUUCAGAAGCACCCUGAGAUACUGCAGCCCUACGAUCCAGAGACUAACUCUCUGAACUUCCACAGUCUACCUUCAAAGCCCCUAUCUCUGCCUGAGAGAGACACUCGGUCCACAUCUACUGUAUCUGUACCAUCCUCCAACCGGUCUUCUAGCCUAGAUCGGAACAAAGCUACUUCCCAGUCGCACAAAAGUCAACUCCUGUCCACGAGCCCAAACGACGUGUCAUACAAAAAAAUGAAAUUGCCCCAUCAGUCUUUGGGUCCAGCCCAUAAUUCUCAGCUGCAGACCAAGUCUCAAGUCGCUCAGCCGCAGUCCAAAUCUCGUCUCAACAAUCAGAGUCAACCUCAGUCCAAGCCAACAACCGGAAGUCAUACUCAAGAGUCCUCAGCUUCCAGUCCCACGAGCGAACGGAUCAAAACCCAGAACAAGUUUCCCAAUUCAGUAAGCAGUUCCAACUCUAGCCUUGAUCGCAAAGCCGGCAAGCCAGAUGUUCUUCUGUUGAGAAGGUCUGACUCCAGUGGACCUGUUCUUCAGUCAUCUUCUCGCUCCCGCCACGCCUCCUCACCCUCCACCCCUAAGAUGUAUACGGAUGAGAACCUAGAUUCACUGUACGCGGACACCAUCAACCGCCAUGAGAAUCGCCGCUACAUCCCUUUUGUCCCCGGGUCGGGCAGAGAUAUUGAUACGGGCUCAAUUCCCGGUGUCGAUGAGCUCAUUGAGAGGUUUGACAAUAAAGAUGGAAGCCACCAUCGGCGUGGCAGAACUGGGCGAAGAAAUCGGAUCAAUCUCGAGGACAGGAAACGCUCUCACAGUGUGGAUAGCGCCUUUGGCCGGGUGGAAGGAUUCAGCUCCCUGAAUGAAUCUAGCCGCCUUCGGGGCACCUCAAUGGAGCACGUCCUGCGUCCCUCGCAGCUCCGGCUUCACAGGGCGGCGGGGAAUCAAGACCCUUGGUUCAUGGUCAAUUCAAAACCACCUUCUCGCACAACCAGCGCCCCAGGAUCUCCCCAGACUACAUUGUCUAAAGGUGCAGGCUACAUCCAGGGCUACCAAAAAAUGCAAAGCCAUUCUACAUUUGUAGCACUCAAAAGUAAAGACACAGUGGACAUUGGUUCUUCAGCAGGCAAACUGUCAACAACUCUAUCUAAGUCCACAAUUGCUGACAAAAAAUCCACCACGGACACAGAUGUACAGGCAACACCAGAUCUCCUGAAAGGUCAGCAGGAGCUUUCACAACAAACAAACGAAGAGACCGCAAAACAGAUUUUGUUCAAUUACCUAAAGGAUGGAAGCGCCGAUAAUGAUGAAACGACAAAGAGAAAGGUCAAUCUUGUCUUUGAGAAGAUUCAAACGUUGAAGUCUCGAGCCACAGCUGGCCCUCCCGAUGACAAAUCCAUGGGUCUGUCUUCACAAUCCAAAGUGCUGCAGGAGCAAAAUGCUGCAUUGGAGAAAAAAAUGGCCGAAAUGAAACAACAACUUCAGGAACUAAGAACGACAAAUAAGUCGGACGGUAUGGCAGCUUCAGGUUUGAAGGAACUGCAGCGGGAACUAGACAAGUCUUCCGAAGAAUGCAAACGCUUGAAGGAAAAAGUGGCCAAAACAGAAGGUGAACUGCAGACAACGCUUGAAGAGCUGUUCCAGGUCAAGAUGGAGAGGGAGCAAUACCAGACGGAGAUCCGGGACCUGCAGGACCAGCUGUCGGAGAUGCACGACGAGCUGGACACUGCAAAGACGUCUGCUGCUGAUGGCGAGAGGGACGCAAUCAUGGCGGAUAUCAUGCAACUGAAGGUGGAGUUGCAGCAGGUUCUCCUAGCCAAGGAGGAGCAGGAGGAUGUCCUGAGGAGGCGUGAGAGGGAGCUGACGGCUUUGAAGGGAGCCCUGAAGGAGGAAGUGGCUGCUCACGAUCAGGAGAUAGACAAGAUGAAGGACAAGUAUGAGAAGGAGAUGAGUCGACUGCAGAGUUCCUUGGCAGAGGCCAAACAGAGCAGCACGGCCGUGGUCCAAGAGAAGGUUGAAGCGGAGGCGGCCAAGGGUGUGCUGGAGGGGCAAGCGAGCCGUCUGAGCCAAGAAGCGGAGAGGCUGCGCAAGCGGGUGCAGGAGCUGGAAAACGAAGUGGCCAAACUCAACCGCAUCAUCGAUGACGCCAAACUGCAGGAGAUCAGGCUGGGAGAGCGAGUGGCACGGAUGGAGAAAGAGAAGAAGCAGCUGGAGGAGUCAUUAAGUGAAAUUAAAGAGCAAGAGGAGGAGAUGUCUCGUGCCAACAGAGCGUUGACGUUACGCCUUGAAGAUGUGCAGAGGAACUUUUCCAAACUGAGCAGUGAACACACGAACUUGGAGGAGAGGUUGCAGGAGGAGAAGGAUCAGAAGGAGCAGUUCAAGAAUAUGAAGAAUGACAUUGAAGACGAGAGGCGGCUCCUGGACCGCACAGUGGAGAAACUUCAGAAAGAGAUGAACGACAUUGUAGACGCAUCCCAGUUGUCGACACGGGAACUCCAGGAGCAGAUUGACAUUUAUAAGGAAAAGAACCGCCGGGAGCUGACGGAGCUGGAGAAGCUUCUUAAGGAACGAGGCCAGGAGCUCGAUAAGUACCUGCUGGUUGCCCAAACGCUACAGGAGGAGCUGUCAAGCCGCGAAGAGGACCUGCGCCGGAGUGAGCGGGAGCGAGACGAGGCUGUGCUCCGAGAGAAGAUAAUGGAGGAAAAGCUUCAUGAACUAGAGGCAUCGCUGCAGACGUACACCCAAACUAAGGAUGACAGGGCUCGACAGUUCAAACUCAUGGAGGACCGAAUCGCCCAGCUGGAAUUGGACUUGGACGAGGAGCGUCAGAAUGGAGACCAGCUGAUGGACCGGCUAGACCGAGGACGAGAGCAGGUGGACCAGAUGAGGAGUGAACUCAUGCAGGAGAGGGCUGGUCGGCAGGAUGCAGAGUGUGACAAGAUGGCUCUGGAGAGACAGAGCAAAGACCUAAAGAAUAAACUGGCUGAUUUGGAAGGCUCGCAGAAGUCCAGCAAGGGGGACCAAGUAGCACAGCUGGAGGAUCGCAUUCGUGAGCUAGAGGAGCGUUUGGAAGGGGAGGAGAGGGAACGAGCUAACCUGCAAUUAUCCAACCGCCGGCUGGAGAGGAAAGUGAAAGAGGUGAUGAUGCAAGUAGAGGAAGAACACCACAGCAUGCAGGAUCAAAAGGACCAAUUGAACCUACGGCUGAAGGCCUUGAAGAGGCAGAUGGACGAAGCCGAGGAGGAGAUCGACAGACUGGAGCACGGCAAGAAGAAGCUUCAGCGAGACUUGGACGAGCAACAAGAAACCAACGAGCAGCUGCAGAGUCAGCUCAAAACUCUGCGCAGUGAGAUGAGGCGUAAGAGCACCUCGGCGCCGCUGCUGAACAAUCUGGAUGACGACGAUGAUGACGACGACGUCAGCACGGACGGCGAGACGUACUUCAGCUCCACUUCCAGCUACAAGCGCUCGUCCAGCCAGGACAACCUGUUGUCAACCUUCAGCUUGUAA